AUGACUGAUGUUGUCAAGAAUGACAUUUUGGACUUCGACAAAAAGAAAAAGAAAAAAAAGACUAUUCCUAAUGAUUUAAAGCCAACUGAGCUUAAACCUCAGCCUGAAGCCAUUGAUAAGCCUGAUCCGCAACUCAAUCUAGAAGGAAAAAAGAAAAAGAAGGCGAAGAAAGUUAAUAUAUCUGAGGAAGUUGAUAGAUUAGCUGAGGACAUUAGCGCAGACUUAGAAUUUGGUCAGAAGAAACGUAAGAAGCCCGUCUUGCCCGAAGCAGACCUAUCCGUGAUUGAAAAAUCUUCCAUUCAACUGCCGGCUGAUUUAGACUCCAAAGAUCCUUCCGAAACUGGCGUUUACAAUUAUGAAUGGGUCAGUUAUCGUAUGCCAAUCCUCAAAAUGCUUCUGCAGCGCGUUUUCAAAGAGAUAACUAUGAAAAAUCCUGAACUGAUUUCUGACAGAAAACGGCGUCUUGUCAUGCUUCUUCCCCAACUUGCCCGUAUUGGCUCUAAGAAGACAUCUUUUGUUAACUUUACAUCUAUUGCUCAGCAAUUGAAGCGAGAUCCUGCCCAUCUUUCUAGUUAUCUUCUUACUGAGCUAGGUACAACUGGUUCAUUGGAUGCCAACAGAGCUCUUCUCAUGCGUGGCCGCUACCAAACUAAGCACAUAGAGACCGUUCUGAGGAAUUAUUGCCUUUCUCAUACAUAA